AUGGCAGAACAUCUACCCUAUGCCGCGGAUGCAGAGAGCCCCCUGAAGCCAGCAGAACUCCAAGUCCUGCGGUUACAGUACGAGAAAGAAGGCGAAUAUGUCUCGCUGCAGACCAAGUUCAACUAUGCAUGGGGCCUCAUAAAGUCAUCAUCGCGAACAGACCAACAAGACGGCGUACGACUCCUCUCGGACAUAUUCCGGCAGAGCCCCGAUCGAAGGCGAGAAUGCUUAUACUACCUCGCCCUCGGCAACUACAAACUCGGCAACUACGCAGAGGCACGACGAUACAACGAUAACCUACUCGAGAUCGAACCGAAUAACCUGCAAGCACAGAGCCUGAGCCAAAUUGUCGAGGAGAAGGUAAACAAGGAAGGUCUCGUGGGCAUGGCUAUAGUGGGAGGACUGGCAGUGGCCGCUGGUGUCGUCGGUGGCAUGAUUUUCAAAGGAGCACAACGAAAGAGAUAG